AUGGAUGUGCACAAUUGGUGGUCUGUGCUGGCCUCUGCUGGUCUCUGCUGGUCUCUGCUGGUCUCUGCUGGUCUCUGCUGGUCUCUGCUGGUCUCUGCUGGUCUCUGCUGGUCUCUGCUGGCCUAUAAUCCCGACAAGAUGUAUGCUCGUCGUUGUGUGCGCCUGCGGUUGGAUGAAAUCUACCGCGGAACUCGCUACAACGUGAUACAGGCCGAGACCCACUAUGCCCGGUAUCAUCUAUGCAGAAAAUGUCGCCCGCGGCAGCUCUUAGCUGCGAUCAAUGAUAAGAGCCGGCUGCAAGCUUACUACUGCUCUGGCAAGAUGAAGCACGUACAUCGCGAGAAGACCCAUGGUCAGGAUGAACUGGACGCAGUCAAAGGGGUGAUAUUCGCAUCCACUUUGACAAAGAGGUUGGGGUUACUUUUCAAAAUCGUUGACAACAAUUCGAGGUUUCUUGGGUGGAGGGGUCGUUUAGCCUGCUUCCACGGGAUACUGGAGAAUUUGCUCGAUCCAGGCGCUUUUCUGCCCGUGGCGCCCAACCCAUGUGGAAGAUGUGUCUUGCUUUCGGAUAUGCAGAUGUAUGAAGUCCGCAGUUCCGACCAACCCUCGCCUCGCCCAAAGACAAGAGAUGGUCAAGGUGUCGGUUGGAGCCGGAAGAAGAUGCGUUUGGGCGGUUGGGACACCUCCAACAUGUUGGUACAUACAUCUACAGGUCCGAUGUAUGGUCCAGAGGCAAUACGCCCUCCGGUUGCACAAUACCCUCCAUACCCCGGGGACAUAUGGUACCAUCCCCAAAUCGAUGAACCCUACAAAAACGCCCUUUUCGGUCGUCUACACAAGGAGGUGCAAAUCGAUGUAUUUGAAUAG